AUCUCUCUACAAAUGCGAGACCCGUGACCGUUCGCGCCAGUAUAUUCACUCAAAUUCGCGCGACCCUUAAACGAACGAUAAUCUGUGAUUUGCGUGUUAUUUUUUCAUUAUGGGAGUCUGUAUGUCAAGAAAAGAGAUCCCUGAUGAAAUCUACAGAUACUGGUCUGCUGUAGCGUCUUCUCUUCGCCUCGGCUGGCUUGGGACGAGUAACGUGAGGACGGAGAUGAAAGCGUGCCAACUUGCUCUUUUCCCAAAUCUGUUGAACUCCUCAGCCGUAGAGGAAGAUAUUCUUGGCCUGGAGGAACAUCUACGAGAGGGUGCUGAUGUCUCGGGUGGUGAUGAGCGUGGUCGGACACCUCUACAUGUGGCAGCAGGAGAAGGCCAUUUAAACGCUGUUCGCUUCUUGCUGCAGCAGGGAGCGGAUGUGAAUGCCACGGACUGUGAGGAAGAAACUCCACUUCGAGAUGCCAUACGCUGCAAGAGUUUGGAGGUGGUGGAGCUGUUAAUUUCUGCAGGGGCACGUUUGGAAAAAUCCUCAGAGGAACUUGGGGUUGAGAUGUGUUGUCUUGCAUUCCUUGGAGACACAGAACAGAUGGAGGCAUGGAAGAAGGCUGGUGUCAGUUUUAAUGUUUCUGAUGCUCACGGUCGAACUCCCUUACAUGUGGCGGUGUGUACCAAUCAGCCUGAAAUGGUGAUGUUCUGUGUCCACAAUGGAUCGGAUCUUGAGCAAAGGGACAGGUUCAACAACAGGCCUGUAGAUGAUGCUCAGAGACUAGGCUUACAACACAUGGUGGAGCUGUUGAGUUAUUAGGCCCUCCGUCUCAACCAGGCCCAGAACACUGAGGAACAGCAGGUGUCUGCACUUGUAAAAGAGUUCACAGUUUAAUGUAAUUUGUCAUUGGAUUUUCAGAUCAUAAAACAUUCUUUUGCAGUUUUUAAAAGCAUUAUAUCAGAAAGAUAGAAGUUGUUUUUGUAAACUGUUAUUUUAGAUGUUUUGGCACAACUAAAAUAGGUUAAUGAAACAAUAAAACAUUUAGAGAAUUUUGUGUUUUUAAAAUGUAAAGUUCCAAGUUUGCUAUGAGAAGAAAAGAGGCUAACUCAUUUUCAGGUGUU